AUGGACGGGCUUCGACCGGCUCUGGCCUCGCAGGGGACGGGCGCGCCGCGCGCGGCCGCGGCUGCCCGGCGCUUGGCGGCCGCAGGCGACGGCCUGUCCGCCGCCCUCGACCGCUGCGCCGGGCGCGCGACAGGCUACAUCUACUCGCUGCUGUCCCUGCUGGGAGUCCUGUCCAGGGAGCUCGCGGGAGGUGGCGCCGGCACAUUCCUCGUCGCCAUGACGCCGAUCAGUCCCGCUAAGGAGACGCGUGGAGGGAGAAGCUCGAGACCUCCACACUGUCCGAGCCGGAGCUGUGCACCAACCUCGGAGGACGACAGAUCGAGUGCCCCGUCAACGACUUCAUGGCCAGGGGCGUGUACAACCAGGCACUCACGGACAUCGCGGGGCGAGUUGUCGGAGGCGGGGGCGAGCUGUGCGACCUGGCCUACAGCCAGGACCCCCCGGGCGCCCGCGCAGACUCUGGCUUUCGCCUUCUUCGCUGGCGGCGGCGCGAUGAUCAAUGUGCCGUGGACGGUGCUUGGCGCGCGCAGGUACCUCGACGACCUGUCGGGGCAGACCAGCGUCUCCGCGCCCAUGAGCGGCCACUGCGGCCUGCUGAAGGAGACGGACUGGCUGAACCAGGGCAUGCUGAGCAAGACGGAGAACGUUGUGGUGGCGGGGGGCGAGAUGACCGUCUACUCCACCGCCUUCGUCGCCGUCGCCUCGGAGGUGACCGAGGGCUGCGACGACGGGGGGGCGAAGAACAACAACUGCGACACGCAGCGGCGCCACCUCGACGAGGACGUGUCCCUGUGGUACCAGGCCUUCGAGCCGAGCCAGUACCACCCCGCGGUGCGGGACGCCCUCGCGGGCGUCGUGUACCGCGUGGGCACCGGGCCGUGGGGCGCCGGGGCGUGGUGGGGCGACAGCCAGAUCUCGUUCCUGACGGUUUGGCUAGCGACGAGCCUCGUGCAUGGCAUUUCCCUCGACUACUACAUCUACGACCAUUUCUGCGAGAACCCGGCCAACCAGUGCUUCCUCCUCGGGGGGGACGAGUGCAGGAGCUGCGUCCGCAGCGGGGAGAGCGGGGACAGCAACGGCCCCACCGAGGAGAGAUGCGGCGAGAGGUCCAUCUUCGAUCUCGUGAAGCAAUUCCGGGGCCAUACUGCCAAGGAGCUGUACGACAAGCUGAUCCACAUCCCGGGUCCGCCAUCUCAGGACAGGGCAGCCUCGCUCGCCCGCGCGCUGUGCGUACCCGACCCCCUCGCGGUCGCCGCGAGGAGCGGCCUGCCCUGCGGCACGGGGCGCCGCUCCCCUCGCCUGGGGGGCUGGCCGGGCGGCGCGGGGCUCCUGCUGCUGGGCGCCGCGGGCGGGGACGCGGCCGCCGCCUGCGCGCUCGGUGGCCUGCAGGCGGAUGCCGUGGCCUUCUGCGACGCCGCCUACCUCGCGCGCGAGCGGGCUGCGGGUCAGCCGGCGGUGCUUCUAGCCAUUGGGCCGUCAGACGUGGUGGCCGCUGCGGCUGCGGGAGCGGCCGCGCCGCUGGCCUUCGGAGCAGGAGCUCGCUGGCUCUUCGGAGGGCUGGGCUCGCUGCGGCAGGGGCGCCCCGAGGUGCUGCCGCCGGAGGCUCGGUGGCUGCAGGUCGCAUGGUGCGACCUGCUGUUCCGCGACAUGGCGCCCGCCGCCUUCGUGGUUGGCGCCGAGUCCAUCUUCGACGCGCUGUCGCGCAGCUCUGCGGGGCGUUGCGGGCCGAUCGGCGCAGCGCGGUCGAGCUCGCAGUGCUGCGAGCGUGUGACCGCCGCCGCGCCCCGCCGCAUGCCGUGCGCGCUCUCCGCGCCAGAGUGGCGCGAGCGCGCCGCGAGCCCCGCGGGCGUCUCCGGUGGCCUGCGGCCCGGGGAGCCCAGACUGGCGCGCGUCCGCGCCGGGAGCCCGCCGCGGCGCCCUGCGGACGCCCGGCUGGCUUCCGUGGCUCUGGCCGAGCUGGCGGGGCCCAGCCGCGCCGGCCGCUUCCUGGCUGCCGCGGUGCGGGCCAAAUGCCGCCCUGCGCGCGGGUUCACCUCGAGCCUGGCCGGCAGCGCCGGGCGCGCUGGAAGCCCGCUCGACGGGGGCCUGGGCGAGUUCCUGGGCGAGGCGGCCCUACAAGCGGCCAGGGCUGAGGCCGACCCAGUCGCCAGGGCCGCCAGUGAUCCAGGAGGCAUGGCGCCCGCGCCGCGGCCCGGGACCGACGGCGCGGCGACCCCCCCAGAGGCGAGGGUAAUUGCGGCGGGCGUGCUGGCGGGCUGCUGCGCGGCCGUUGCCGCGGCCGUGGACGAGGCCGGCAUGAUCCGCCUGCGGGCCGCGUCUGGCGCGUUGGGCGGAGGCGUGGCGUGGGGCGUUCUCGGGGGCUCGCUGAGCGAGCUCGGUUGGAGCAGCCUGUCCUUGCACCUCGCGGGCCCGGAGAGCGGCCUCGGGCGCCUGCGGGAGCUCCACCGCAGCAGCUGGGCGCUGCUGCUCACGUCGCGUGGCGCGGGCUUCUCGCAGGAGGCUGGCGCGAGCACCCUCGAAGAACAAGCGGACCUGGCGUUCCUGCAGGCCUGGGGCGUGCGGGAUGACUGCGAGUUGGCCCGCGCGACGCUGCCGCAGCUCUCGGGCGGCGCGCCACUGUCGAUGGUGGACCCGAUGCUGUUCAACUCCAACGGCGUCGUGGACGAGGCGAUGGUGAAGUACGGCGGGGCGGGUGGCGCGGACGUGGUGACCCUCGCCAUCUCCGCCCGCAGCGGCGUCCCGCAGAACAACCUCAUCGCCGCCAGAGGCCUCGGCCUCAUGGCCGCCCCGGUGAUCUUCAGCUCGGCCAUCGGGAGGCUGCUGCGCGCGGGGCAGGUCUUCCGCUGCGUGUCGGGGGCCCUCGCGAUCAAGGCCGCGUGUGAGCUGUGCGUCGCCGCGCGGGGGGCCUGUGGGCCCUCCCUCUACGCGGUCUUCUUCGCCAUGGGGAUCGGCAUCGGGGUCCUGGACACCACCGCCGACUUGGUGGUGACCACAGUGCACGGGGAGCGGUGCGCGGUGCCCCUCAACGUCAUCAACGCUCUGUACGGGACCCGGACGGGCGGCAUGCUCGCGCCCUUUUUCGCCCUCGCGGCGGGGGACGGCGCGUGGCACGUGCUGGCGCUCGCGGAUCUCGCCCUCGCUGCGGCCGUCGCGGCCAGGAGGUUGGGCCGGGGGCGCCCGGGGGCGGCGCUGCCAGGGGCGGCUCUGGCAGGCAUCUCGGGGGAGGAAACCCUGAGGUCCGGGUAUUGCAGUUUUCAUGCUGGCGAUGCAGCAAAGGGGCUCGCCCCGAUGCGGGUGCUGGUGCCAGCCCUGGCGUUCCUGGUGCUGGCCCAGGCGGCCGAGACGGCCGUCUCCGCCUGGGGCUUCACGUUGGCCGUGAGCCGGCUGGGGCUGUCCUCCGCGGUCGCCGCGAGGUUCCCCGCGGUCUUCUAUCCGGGCGCGGCGGCGGGCUUCUCCUUCACCGCCGCCCGCUUCGCCGUGGUGCCGGCCUCCGCGAGGGUCGCGCCCUCGGCCCUGGUGCGGGGGGGCACGCUGCUGGCCUUCUGCGGCGCGCUCGCGCUGCUGGCCGCGCUCGGCGGCGCCGAUGGAGGGGGGGCCGACGCGGGGCGCGUGAGGCGGCUGCUGGCCUGCUUCGCCCUGCUGGGUGCGGGCACGUGCCCGAUGUACGCCAUUCGAGGAAGGAAAGCUGCGGAGUCAUAG